AUGGAAAACCUCUCGGUCCUGCUACUUACCGCGAUCGAGACAGGCAACUCCAAAGAUGUUAAACAGCUGUUGGAUAUAGGCGCGCCCAUUAAUUUUGAGUUCUUUGCCAAAGCAACCCAAAAGAAGCAGUACGAUAUCCUCCGGUCGUUCCUCGACCGGGGCUGGGAUAUCAACGCAGAAUCUAUCAUUGAUAGCAAAACCCCUUCGGCUCUUGGUUACACUUUCGAUGACUUAGACCUCGCGACAUGGUUCUUAAAGCACGGCGCUGACCCCAAUAAACGCUGCAAGUUGCGAGACGCUACUCCAUUGUCUUAUGCGAUAUUUGAGGCUCCGUUUGAAAUCAUUGAGCUUCUUUUCCAGUAUGGGGGAUCGACGGAACAUGGCCAGCUAUUGCACUUUGCUUCGAUGCGGCGUGAUCCGAACGGACUCAACAUCCUGAAAUACCUAUACAAUAAGGACCCGAGCCUGAUGGAACGUGUCAAUUGCUUGCUCGACGAAGGGGCAAUAGAAUAUACGAUGAACUUUAGGUUCGGACUCUGUACGCCUGUUCAGUAUGCUGCACGGGCUGGCUCGCUGGAAUCUGUGCGCUUCCUGGUCGAGCGUGGAGGAGACCCGUGGCGUUUGGAUCCCUAUCGGCGAACUGCAUUAAGUUAUGCAGUCCGCUAUAAGCAUGAACCGGUUGAGAACUAUUUGAAAGAUCUUGAGAAUCAAACCUAUGUGACUGUGUGA